GUGAGUUAUGUUAAGCAACGUGGUGUGUGGUGGAGCACAGAAAUGGAGUGAUGAUGAGAUAGAAAGAAGAGAAGAAAAGUGAAGAAUGAGUGGAAGUGGAAUCAGAUAAUGUAAUAUGGCAUUCGCAUCCACCAGCACCACUCUGAGUCUUAGUCUCAGUUUAUGCUCUCGCUACCCAAAACCAAAACCAAAAGCUUUGUCGUAUCCCAAAAUCCAUUUUCCCCAACCGAAUGGGGUUGUCAGAUUUUCCACCUUUAAUCAUCAAAUUGUUUCCAAUUUAAACAACCAAAAUACAGAGAUCCACGUUCAAACCAGCAUGUGGAAUUGGAGGGGUUACUCUAUUCGCUAUCAAUAUUCUGGGAACAAUGGCCCUGCACUACUUUUAGUGCACGGUUUUGGAGCGAACAGUGACCACUGGAGGAAAAAUAUUUCAGUUCUUGCAAAAUCCCACCGGGUAUACUCUAUUGAUCUUAUUGGAUAUGGAUAUUCAGAUAAACCAAAUCCUCGUCAAAUGGAAGAUGAUUCCUUUUACACUUUCGAGACAUGGGCCACCCAAUUAAAUGAGUUUUGUCUUGAUGUCAUUAAGGAUGAAGCAUUCUUUAUAUGCAAUUCUAUUGGAGGAGUUGUUGGUCUUCAGGCAGCUGCAGUAGCUCCACCGAUCUGCCGGGGCAUUUUCCUUCUCAAUAUAUCUCUGCGUAUGCUUCAUAUAAAGAAGCAACCAUGGUAUGGAAAACCUUUCAUCAGAUCAUUCCAGAGAUUGCUUAGGGAUACUGCUGUAGGCAAAUUCUUCUUUAAAACUAUUGCAACAAAAGAAUCUGUAAGGAACAUUCUUUGUCAGUGCUAUCAUGACACAUCCAAGGUGACGGAUGAGCUAGUGCAGAUCAUCCUUAGUCCAGGACUGGAACCUGGAGCGGCAGAGGUCUUUCUUGAGUUCAUUUGUUACUCAGGUGGCCCUCUUCCCGAGGAAUUGCUACCCCAAGUAAAGUGCCCGGUUCUGAUAGCAUGGGGUGACAAGGAUCCUUGGGAACCAAUUGAGAUUGGAAGAAAUUACAGAAAAUUUGAUUCUGUAGAAGACUUCAUUGUCCUUCCAAAUGUGGGACAUUGCCCUCAGGAUGAAGCACCACAUCUUGUGAACCCACUUGUUGAGUCAUUUGUGGCACGCCAUGCUAAAUCCUCAUCUAGUAUCUCAGCAGUAAACUGAUUCCCUUCAAAAAUCGAAUCCCUAUCAGAAUACUUAAGAGACUCAGUCAUCUACCUACCGUAUGUUUUAUACACUUAUUAACAGAAUUAGUGACUUGUGGCGCAGCCUUAGAGGAUGGAAACGUCUCAUACCCACAUAGAAGGAAACAAAGUAGAUGAUUGAAUAGCUACUCGUACUGAAGAUACCGAUUGGGAACCUCGCUGGUUUGAAAACUCUUCAAAUGGAUGGCAAAGUUUUUUUUGCUGAAAGACAGUAUGGGCAACGCUUUGCCCAUAAUGCUUUAUAUUUUUGUAAAUUUAAAAAAAUUUAUUACAAAAUUAAAAAAUGAAUCAUCAUUUCUCUAUGUGUUAAAAUUUAGAAUAAA